AUGGUCUCAGGCGGAAUCGGAGGUGGCGCCAAUGUGAACAGUGGAAUUGGUGGUAGAGCCGGGAUCGGCGGGGAAAUUGGUGGUGGAGCCGGAAUUAGAAGUGGUAUUGGCAGCGGCGGUGCUGUUGGCGGAAUGGCCAUUGGACAGUUUGGAAUUGGUGGAGCAAACUCUUUGAAUGAUAAUGUUCAACGUGGCAUUUAUAAUAUUGUAAGGCUUAUUGAUGUAGAGUAGCUUACAAACGUUAGUACAGUAAAACUAGGGAUGGUUUCAUUAGUAGUAGGGUAAGGAAGGGCAGGAUAGGGUAGAGUAGGGCAGGGUAGGGUAAGGCAGGGUAAUUUACUGUAAGAUAGGGUAAAGUAUGGUUAAGUAGGAUACGGUAGGGGAAGGUAAGUUACAGUAUGAACAUAGCAUGUUAGGGUAAAAACCUUUCAAUACACCCUCUCGAUUAAAUGUUUCUUUCAGAACACCCCAUCCUCAAUCCCAGUCCAAUUCCACAACGCCAACCCUCUGCGUGUCGUAGUGGUACCAACUGACGAUUGGUGUACCAUAAACCUUCGCCAAGGCGCAGAUAUUGCCCUCCACUUUAACCUUCGCUUCGGCCAAGGUCAAUGUGUCAGAAACCAUCGUGUAGGUGACUCAUGGGGUGAGGAGGAAAGAACUGGUGGCUUUCCAUUCGAAAGAGAUCAGAUCUACACUAUCGAGUUCAUCCCCAAGGUCAAUGACAAUACUGUGGAAGUGUUUGUCAAUGCUCAGUACUAUGUGGACUUUAGACUUCGGUCGAACAUUGAAGAAAUCGACAACAUCGAGUUCGAAGCCGGCUUCAAGGUUCACUCUGUUCAAGCUUUUGUGCAGUAA